CGUGAUUUCACCCGCAUUUGUUGUUCAUUUAGCGUCGUAGCUCCAAAUCCAAGCCCAGCCUCCAUCUGUUCUAUACGCAGACAAUAAAAAAUCCAAAAUAAAAACAACCAAGAGAGAAAGUUGAAGAGAGACAAAACCCAGUUUCUUCGCUCUAGCCCUAUCGAUAUAAGAGAAGAAGAAGGUAGGUUAUCGAUGAGAGAGCUGCUGCUGCUGGUGGUUCAAGAGUAAGCAGCAGGCGAAACGAGACGGUUUAAUGGCCCUAAAGCAUGAACAGCAACUCAAGGAGGUGGGAUCGAAACUCGAGACACCUCCUUCUACCAAAGACGCUCUUAUUAAGCUCUUAAAGCAAGCUGCUGUAUGUCUUUCCGAGACGGAACAAUCGCCAUCAGCUACUAUGAUGGAGUCUAUGCAGCCUUUCUCUAAUGCAAUUGUGAAGCCAGAAUUGCUGAAGCAUCCAGAUAGGGAUGUUAAGCUUCUAGUUGCUACCUGUAUUUGUGAAAUAACCCGGAUUACAGCUCCUGAAGCUCCUUACAGUGAUGAUGUCCUGAAGGAUAUUUUUCACUUGAUUGUUGGCACUUUUAGCGGUUUAAGAGAUACUAGUGGUCCAUCAUUUGGAAGGAGAGUUGUUAUUUUGGAGACUCUUGCCAAAUAUAGGUCAUGUGUUGUGAUGUUGGAUCUAGAAUGUGAUGAUCUGGUCUAUCAAAUGUUCAGUACAUUUUUUACUGUUACCAGUGAUGAUCAUCAAGAAAGUGUAUUGACAUCAAUGCAAACAAUAAUGGUUGUGCUCAUAGAAGAAAGUGAGGAUGUUCGGGAGGAUCUUUUGCUUGUCAUUUUAUCAGUAUUAGGUCGAAAUAGAUCUGAUGUUUCUUCAGCUGCAAGGAGACUUGCUAUGAAUGUGAUAGAGCAGUGUGCUGGAAAACUCGAACCUGGAAUAAAGCAGUUCCUUGUAUCAUCAAUAUCAGGAGAUAAUAGGUCGGAAAAUAGUCAAAUUGACUAUCAUGAAGUCAUAUAUGACGUUUACUGUUGUGCUCCUGAGAUCUUAUCAGGAGUCAUUCCUUACCUCACAGGAGAACUAUUGACUGAUCAGCUUGACAUUCGUUUAAAAGCAGUGGGGUUGAUUGGAGAUCUGUUUGCUGUGCCUGGCUUUGCUAUCAGUGAAGCAUUUCAACCAAUCUUUUCAGAGUUUUUGAAAAGGUUGACUGAUAGAGGAGUAGAGGUCCGAAUGUCUGUCCUGGAACGUGUCAAAAAAUGUCUGUUGUCAAACCCUUUGCGAGCUGAGGCUUCCCAAAUAAUCUCUGCUCUAUGUGACCGACUAUUGGAUUAUGAUGAGUGUGUCCGAAAACAAGUUGUUGAUGUGAUCUGUGAUGUGGCAUGUCAUGCCUUGAAUUCCAUUCCUGUCGAAACUAUAAAAUUGGUUGUGGAGCGUCUUCGAGACAAAUCUCUGCUUGUUAAGAGAUAUACCAUGGAGAGAAUGGCUGAGAUUUUCAGGGUUUAUUGUGUGAAAUCCUCUCAUGGCUCAGUCGGUCCUGGGGAAUUUGAUUGGAUUCCUGGGAAGAUUAUGAGAUGUUUUUAUGACAGAGAUUUUAGAUCAGAUACAAUUGAAUCAGUUCUUUGUGGGUCCGUGUUCCCAACUGAGUUCUCAGUCAAAGAUAGAGUUAAACUUUGGGUUAGAGUAUUUUCUGUAUUUGACAAAGUCGAGAUGAAAGCUCUUGAGAAGAUUUUGGAGCAGAAGCAAAGGUUACAACAAGAGAUGCAGAGGUAUCUAUCUCUCAGGCAGAUGCAUCAGGAUGGAGAUGCUCCUGAAUUCCAGAAAAAAGUUCUGUUUUGUUUUCGUAUCAUGUCUCGCUCAUUUGCUGAGCCUGCUAAGGCUGAGGAAAAUUUUCAGAUACUUGAUCAGUUGAAAGAUGCCAAUAUCUGGAAGAUUUUAACAAAUCUUCUUGAUGCUAACACUGGUUUCCAGCAAGCUUGUACUGGUCGGGAGGAUCUGCUUAAAAUACUUGGUGAGAAACACCGGCUUUAUGAUUUUCUGAGCAAUCUCUCUGUUAAGAGUUCUUAUUUACUUUUUAACAAAGAGCAUGUGAAAGAAUUUCUGUUGGAGGCAUCCACGCAUAAGUCUGCUGGAAAUACACAAUUUAUUCAGUCGUGCAUGGAUAUACUGGUGCUUCUUGCACGCUUCAGUCCAAUGCUGCUUGUUGGGGCUGAAGAAGAAUUAGUAAAUUUUCUGAAAGAUGAUAAUGAGAUAAUAAAAGAAGGUGCUUUGCACAUUUUGGCAAAAGCUGGGGGUACCAUUCGAGAACAGCUUGCAGUGUCAUCGAGUUCAAUUGACCUUAUAUUGGAGAGGCUCUGCUUAGAAGGUAGUCGAAAACAGGCCAAGUAUGCUGUGCAUGCUCUAGCAGCAAUAACAAAGGAUGAUGGGCUCAAGUCCCUUUCUGUUCUAUAUAAGAGACUUGUGGACAUGCUAGAGGAGAAGAGACAUUUACCUGCAGUACUACAGUCUUUGGGAUGCAUAGCAGAGACUGCAAUGCCAGUUUUUGAGACCAGGGAGAGUGAAAUUGAAGAAUUCAUAAAAAGCAAGAUUCUCAAAUGUAGCAGUAAAGCAGAAGACAAUACAAAAGCAAGCUGGGAUGACAGAAGUGAGCUUUGUUUGUUGAAGAUUUAUGGGAUCAAGACACUGGUCAAGAGCUACUUGCCUGUUAAAGAUGUGCAACUUCGUCCUGGCAUUGAUUGCCUUUUGGAGAUCCUGAGAAAUGUGCUUAUGUUUGGAGAAGUAUCAAAGGAUAUAGAAUCAAGUUCAAUUGAUAAGGCCCAUUUGAGGCUUGCUUCUGCUAAGGCUGUUCUUCGUUUGUCAAAGCACUGGGAUCACAAGAUAUCUGUUGAUGUCUUCCACCUAAUUUUAAGGAUACCAGAGAUCACCUUCCCUCAAGUUAGGAAACUAUUCCUGAGCAAAGUUCAUCAGUAUAUAAAGGACCGGCUUCUGGAUGUGAAGUAUGCUUGUGCGUUCUUAUUUAAUAUAACUGGGUUAAAGCCCCUUGAUUUUGAAGAGGAAAAGCAAAAUCUUGCUGAUAUUAUUCAAAUGCAUUACCAAGCAAAGGCCCGGCAACUCUCUGUACAAAGUGAUGCAAAUACAUCAGCAGCAUAUCCUGAAUAUAUUUUACCAUAUUUGGUCCAUGCUCUUGCUCAUCAUUCAUGUCCUGACAUAGAUGAAUGCAAGGAUGUUAAAUCCUAUGAGCCAAUAUACUGGCAAUUGCACUUGAUUCUUUCUAUUUUGGUGCACAAAGACGAGGAUGCAAAGUCAGAAUCUAGCACCAACAGAGAGAAAGAGAAUAUAUCUGCAGUAGUUUCUAUCUUCGAAAGUAUCAAGUCUUCAGAGGAUACAGUUGAUGCAGGAAAAUCUAAGAAUUCACAUGCUAUCUCUGAACUUGGGCUGUCAAUCACCAAGCGCUUAGCUCAGAAGGAGGAUGAUAUACAAAUGUUGGCUUCAUCAGUUUCCCUGCCUCCAAAGCUUUACAAACCACGUGAGAAGAAGGAAGGGGAUGAUUCUAUGGCAAGUGAAGGAAAAACAUGGUUGGCUGAUGAGAAUGUCUUGAUGCAAUUUGAAUCACUUAAGUUGGAAGCGGAUGGAAAAAUUAAUUCAGAUAUUGCUGAAGAUGAGGUUCUAAAAGACAGUGAAAAAGAAGCAAAUGAGGUGCCCCUUGGCAAAAUGAUAAAACAGUUAAAAUUGCAGGGCACUAAGGGUGGCAAGCUUAAAAAGAACAAGCCUUCAUCAGCUAAAACAAAAAAUGCUGAAAGUGAUGUUGAUAUCUUGAAGAUGGUCAAGGAAAUAAAUUUGGAUAAUAUGGGGCUAUCUACUAAGUUUGAAUCAAGCAAUGGUCACAAACAUUUUCCAAGUGAGAAAAUAAAGUCAGAACCGGAGCAUCAGAAAGCUAAAAAAACAAAGGCUACUGAUGUAGCAUCUGUUACAGUACCUAAGCGACGGAGAUCAUCAUCUUCUCAUAGCGCAAGACUGUCCUCAAGCAGUUUAAUUUCUCUACUAAGUGCUUCAGGGGAUGAUUCAAGCCCUGAUUCAAAAGGCAAGAAGUCUAUCCCAAAACUUUCGGUUGAAAGCACCGAGUCUGAUUUGUUGGUUUCAUGCAUGAGAAAGAGUAUAAGCUUCACAUCAAAACAUAAAAGCAAAAGCUCUGAUUUGGGUCACAAUAGCAAAGAAAAUGAAGUUGAAGAAGAUGGUGAUAAUCUGAAGAAAUCUGUUGUGUUAGGGGACGCUGACAAGAUCAAUGCGAGUAAUAAUUUUAAGUCUUUGACUGGAAGCUUGAAGAAGAGAAAAAGAAGAAGCAUUGCAGGCUUGGCAAAGUGCACAACAAAGAAAAGUGGAGUUGAUAUUGAAGAACUAAUUGGUUACAGAAUAAAGGUUUGGUGGCCCAUGGAUAAGCAGUUUUAUGAAGGCACUGUUAAGUCAUAUGACCCUAUAAAAAGGAAACAUGUGAUAUUGUAUGAUGAUGGAGAUAUAGAAGUACUCCGUUUAGAAAAAGAGCGUUGGGAGCUUGCUGACAAUGGUCGCAAAUCUAUGAAGAAGUCAAACUCAUUGAAGCAUCCUCGCUCAACUAAAGUAUCACCUGCAAAGAAAAGUAGAAGUCCGGGUAACAUACAUCAGAACAAGAAAUCAGAAAAGAUUGUUAAAGGAAAAAGAACUCCUAAGAAAAACUCAAAGCGCAUACAUAAAGAACCUGAGGACAAAGAUGAUUCUGAUGCAUCAAAUCCUGAACCUACUGAGGAAUCUAAAGGGGAUGAGCCAAAACAAGGUGGUUCUAAUGGGGAACAUGAUGGAAGGGUCACAGAGCACCUGACAGAUGAUAAAUCUGACAAGGAAGUGACAUCAGUUUCCGGAGGAAAACACUUGUGGGAUACACUGGAGAACCAUAAUCAAUCAGAGGUAUCUGAUGGAGAAGCGAAAUCCAAUUUUGAAGGUAAAGAUUUUGCAGAUACCAAAAGUAUACCUGAAGAUGCUCAAAAGGAUGAUGCAGAAGAGGACACCCAUUCAGAAGAAUGGGACGUUGAAUUGAGUGAAGACAUACAAGAGGAAGCUAACAAGGAUGGAUCAGACUCUGAAGGGAAUCAAGAUGAAGACAUUGUUGGGAGUACAAAUAGAAAUCCAAAGAAACCGCGUAUAGAAUCAAGUCCUGAUGCGGAGGAUGCUAACAUAUCUGAUGAUGAGCCUCUUAGCAAAUGGAAGCAUAAAGUACGAAAAUCAGGAUCAAGGCAAGCAAGGUAAGCAGUUGAGCUUGAAAACUGUCUUCUUGUCUGGAGGAAGAAGACACUAAGCUGUGGUUCUUUCUUAGAUUCUAUGCAUUUUGUUUAGGCAGUGUAGUUGGCAGAAGGUGAAGGAAGAUGAAAGCUAUUUAAUGUUGUAAACAGCAACACAGUAAUAAAUUUGGCUAGUGGUUGGAACUGAUCACAUAUGAAUGUAAAGUUUAGGCACUUAUGCUUACGUAGGUAUGUUAAUCUCAAUGUCCUGUAAUUGUACUUGGACUAGUGGUAGAAGAAAAGAUUGAUGAAAAUGGGUAAUGGGGUGUAGUGUAGCCCAUCUUUCUAACCACAAGGAUUCAUAGAUAGGUCACUUUGUACAGUUUGUAGUUGGGGAUACUGUUGUAUGUUGGCAUAUUCAUGUUUUAUUUUUGACACCCAUCAAAAUGAUAAAGUUGACUUCCUAGUUUGUUUUACUUCAA